ACGUAUUUAUGCUUCAGACAGGAAAACAGCAAUCCUGUGGACUAACAAUAAAUUAUUAUAUCGUUUUAUCGUCUUGUCAGAUAAAGUUUUAGUAUAAAAUGUCGCGAAAUGGAAAAGAAAUUCAAUAGAUACUUUGUAUCUCGCAGCUAUAACAAGCAGCAUAUAAAAAUGAAAUUCUUGCUGUCUUUCGCUGCCGUCAUCGCCGUGGCCGCCGCUGGCCUGGUGCCCGUUGGACCCGCCGGCCCUGCGCCCGCUCCUGAGGCCCCUGAGGUCUUCGAGCCUGUCGCUAUCGGACCCGCUGUCAUUGACUCUUUCGAGCCCAUCGCUAUCGGACCCGCUAUCAUCGACUCCUUCGAGCCCAUCGCCAUCGGACCCGCUAUUGUUCCAUCUCCCGAGCCCGUCGCCAUCGGACCCGCCAUCAUUGAGAGCCCAGAGCCCGUUGCUGUCGGACCCGCAUGGAUUGACUUCCCCCUUCCCGACGGUGGUGCUGCCGUUGCCCCCGUUGAGCCCUCUCCCGUGGCUGUUAUCCCCGGUCCCGUGUCCACUGAGGUUGCUUCAGGCACUCCCCUCGUUCAGAUCAUCCUGAACAUCAACAAGGCUUCUGCUGACGUUAGCCCCGUUGCUGUUGGCCCCGCUGUCGAGCCCACACCCGUGCACGUUGUGGACUCUGCCCCUGAGCCCGUCCACGUUGUGGAGGUCGCCCCUGAGCCCAUCCAGGUCGUCGAGACCGCCCCCGAACCCGUCCAGGUCGUCGAAACCGCCCCUGUUCCCGCUGAGCCCGUCAUCAUCGGAGUCCCCAUCCUCCCCGAAGCCGUCGUCGCUCUUCCCGAAGCCCUCAACUAAACGCCUACCACCCCGGCGAGCCACUGCGCAUGACAAUGUAACAUCUAAAAUUGUUUGAACUGUUUACUUGGACUUUCUACCAACAUCUUGAAACGCUUGUAUGUCCAAUAUUGAGAUACAUUAAAAGACCUAAAAUGUA